GUCGAGGUUCAGUAUACUAUGUCGCCAUUCAUGAAAAGUCGCCUCGUGCAAGGUUGUUGCCGCAUCUUACAUCUCGUGAUGGAACUUCCAUCAAGCUCGCGUACGACCGUCACAGCAACCGGAGCGACCCAGGAAGAAAAUCCAGAAAGUCGCGACGUUCCCUUUCCUUUCCUGGAGCUUCCACCCGAGUUGUGCCUGCGUAUUGUGAAGCAUCUGGCAAGACUUAUCGCUUUGUCGUACUACAGUGCGCAGUUAGAAAAAAACGGCUUUUGGGAAAACGCUCUUGUUUUUGCAAGCCAGGAUCCAAAGAGAUCCUGCUACGGUGACCUUCGGCUUUUGUGUAAAGCAGUCAAUGAUCUAAUAGAAAAGAAUAGAGGCACCCUUGGAGGAUUACGAGCGAAAAGGUUGAUCAUUGGGCAGCAUAGUUCAUUUGAUCGUUGUCCCAGACGUAUUGUAGUACCAGAACCUGGCAAACUUCCAGACUGCUUAGACUCUUGUGCACUUGGUUAUGUGGAACAGAUGUUCUUCUAUAUGGUCAAAAUUGAAACCAUUGCACUUGGGCACAUAGUUAGUAAGCUGCGAAAGAAUCGCAUAAAUGUUACCGCAAUGAUUUUCUAUGGCGUGGAGUUCGCUUGUGAAGCUACUUCGCUGGCUGACCUCUUCAGUGUUUCGGUCACUAAAUGUGUGGUUAUGAUCGAAUGUCAACUCUCUACUGAACUGAAGAAUUCCUUGAAGGAUUCUCUCGUGCAGCAGCUUCGGGUUGUUUUUUUUGGGUGA